CCACACACACCUCCCUCCUCCUCUCACUUUCUCCGCUCCUCUCUGCCUUGCUUGCUUCCUCCUCUACCCGCCUCACAAACGCCCCCCCCCCCCCCCCCCCCUCCAUCUCUCUCCCACGCAGGUCCGUAUGCUGCCGCAGAUUCCCCACUUUUCGCGAGCAACGUCCGUGAGCGUAUGAACUUUUCUGAUACGUAAGGAAAUAAGUAUCAUCUACAGAGUGUGGCGCUCUGAGUUCUCGGAUUCAGUAUAUGUUGACAGCUUCUUGAAAUUGAUCUUGUCGGUCCAUCGUUUAUUGCUGGAUCGGAGAAUUCUGAGUGUUCAUGUUCUUUCUGCCUCUUGGCCCUUACCAAGCUGGUUUUACAUCUGAUGGGAUGCUCACCUUCGAAGUGUUGUUUUUGUUCACAUUUUAAGGGAUGUUUGCGUUACCACGGGUGUCUUAAUCAAACACCUGACUCCCGAAGAGAGUCAAGGGGAAAAUCAAGUUGGGGAAGGGCAAAGAUAGAUUCUAGUGCUUCAGAUGGCUCUUCUGAUGAUCUAGAGGGAGAUGAUGGAUUUGGCCAAAUGAACAUUACAAGGGAAUCAAAUGUUGGUAUUAAUCGUCUCUCAAGGGUCUCUUCACAGUUUCUUCCUCCAGAAGGUUCGCGCAAAGUUCGAGUCCCGUUGGGAAACUAUGACCUGAGAUACUCCUAUUUGUCUCAGAGAGGUUACUACCCAGAGUCAUUGGACAAACCAAACCAAGAUAGCUUCUGCAUACACACUCCAUUUGGAACAAGCCCUGAUGACCACUUCUUUGGUGUAUUUGAUGGUCAUGGGGAAUAUGGAGCUCAGUGCUCGCAGUUCGUGAAACGAAGAUUGUGUGAAAACUUGCUCCGGGACAGCCGGUUUCGUACUGAUGCUGUUCAGGCUCUUCAUUCUGCUUUCUUGGCAACAAAUUCUCAGCUCCAUGCGGACAGCUUGGAUGAUUCCAUGAGUGGUACUACCGCGAUCACUAUACUGGUGAGGGGCAAAACAUUGUACAUUGCAAAUACAGGUGAUUCACGUGCUCUUAUUGCUGAGAAAAGAGGAGAGUAUAUUAUUGCUGUUGACCUGUCCAUAGAUCAAACUCCUUACCGGACCGAUGAGGUCGAAAGGGUCAAGGAGUGUGGUGCCAGGGUUCUGACAUUGGAUCAAAUAGAAGGACUAAAGAAUCCAGAUGUUCAGUGUUGGGGCAACGAGGAAAGUGACGAUGGCGAUCCUCCAAGGUUGUGGGUGGAAAAUGGCAUGUAUCCGGGAACUGCUUUUACUCGUAGUAUUGGAGAUUCUGUUGCUGAAUCAAUUGGCGUCGUCGCAAAUCCUGAAAUUUUUAUCCUGGAGCUCAGUGCCAGCCAUCCAUUCUUCGUUAUUGCUAGUGACGGAGUUUUCGAGUUUCUUUCUAGCCAAACAGUCGUAGACAUGAUUGCUAAAUACAAGGAUCCUCGUGAUGCAUGUGCUGCAGUUGUUGCUGAGUCCUAUCGUCUCUGGCUGCAGUAUGAAACUCGUACGGAUGACAUCACAAUCAUACUUGUACAUAUUAAUGGGUUAACUGAUAGUGGUUCCACCCAUACCGUAUUGAAGGUGUCUUUACAACCAUCACAGCAAGUAGUAGAACUGGUGGGCUCUGAAUCACCAUCCAUCACAAGUUUGAACCCCAAUAACCAGCGUUCCAGGCAUGAUCUAUCACGUGCACGGUUGAGAGCUAUUGAAAGUUCUCUGGAAAAUGGUCAACUAUGGAUUCCCCCAUCUCCAUCACAUCGCAAGACAUGGGAAGAGCAAGCACAUAUUGAGAGGAUACUACAUGAUCAUUUCCUCUUCAGAAAGCUCACUGAUUCACAACGCAAUGUUUUACUUGAUUGCAUGCAACGGGUUGAGGCAACACCCGGGGAUAUAGUGGUGCAGCAGGGUGGUGAAGGCGACUGCUUUUAUGUAGUUGGGAGUGGUGAGUUUGAAGUUCUGGCCAUGCAGGAAGAAGAUGGGAAGGAAGUAACCAAGGUCUUGCAUCGGUAUACUGCUGACAAACUAUCUUCCUUUGGAGAGCUAGCACUGAUGUGAGUCAGUUUUACUCGGUGUUUUAUUAUACUGUUUCAGUAUGUUUAUAAGCGAAGUUUCUGUAGAAAAUACUUGGGUGAACACCUGUCACCCCUAGUGUUACCAUUCAACACGCAUACGUGUGAGAGGUGGUGAAUAAUGGUCAGCUCUCAGUGUCACAUUGAUUUUAUCAGUCAGUACAUAAUUAAGCUUUUCUUCUCUGCACCUAAAUAUGGAGCUUAGAGCCGUACUCAACCAUUGGCCCUUGUAAUCAGUCACUCGAUCAUUUCGAAGGACAUACAACACUAAGUGCCAAAUCUGAAAGCUAAUGCAUUACUCUCUUUUGUCAAUAAAGGGCACUUUUAUUGACUCAAAAUGUAGCAUCAAGUGGAUACAAAGCAUGAUGAGCAACGCACACGGUCAAUACCAACAGUCCGACAAAAUGAAAAUUAAAAACCGACAUACUGCAACAGAAGAGUCAUAGGAUCGACACUAUUGAGAGCCUUGGCGACUAGGUCGCAGUGGAUCACAUCCAACCACGGGUUGGAUGAGACCGAUCUGGAGAUAUGGUUGGAUGAGACCGAUCUGGAGAUAGCGCUCGCGUCGCCUCCAGGGGGGCGGCUCGGGCGCCCUAGCCGCCGUCGCCUCCAGGCCCUCCCUCCCCCCUGCUUCCCCGCCGCUGCCGGAGGAGGCCGGCGAGCGAAGCUCGCCCGACGGACGGCGGACAGCGGACGGCGGGCCUUCCUCCUCUCCUCGCGAGGGGAUCCUCUGGCCGAAACGUGAUGGCGAACCUGGUUGCCCGGCGUGGAGGCGGAGUAGGCGCGAUGGGGCGGCGGCCCGAUCGGAUUCCGGCGGCGGUUGUGCCUCCACGGCUGCGGGGGCAGCGUGGGGCCGGCCAUGGCGGCUGGCGGCGGCGGAUCUGGGGGCCCACCCUAGAUCGGUUCCCCUUCAGAUGGCGAGUCUCGCAACCUCUAGGCAUCGUGGAGGUGCCGCCGGCGGCGUGUGCUCAGGCUGGUGAUGAUGGCGGCCGUGCUCGGGAGUUGGAUUCCUUCGAACAGAUCUGGGUGAAAACUUGCUUUCGGCUUCUGCCAAGGCCGGCGGUGGCGGCGCUAUCUGCAUCGUUCCCUUUUUGAAGGCAUCGCCGUCGAGAAGUUCAAGGCCACUCUCUGCUACCUCCGGGGGAAACCCUAGAUCAGAUGAUCGAAUGACGGCGGCGCUCUGGUGUCAUUCCCCCUUGGGGGCGUCAUUCUUGGAGGUACACACGUGUUCGAGGGACCAGAGGACAGAUUCUUUGGUGGAGCGGUGCGUCAUCUCACUCAUUGAUGCGCUGUGGUGACUCGGCGUCCGAUGCGCGGAGAUGGACUCGCGCAGGAGGGUGACGCGGUCUGGCGUCGUGGUGGCGUCGACGACAGCUAGACCGGGCAAGGUAGAUGCAGCAGUACAGCUCUGAAGAUGGAUUGGUGGGAGGUGGCUGCGGCGGCCUCAUACCCGGCAGGCGUCCUGGUUGAGGAGUGCGCCGGACCAAUGGGUGACCCAUACCCGACAGGCGUCCUGGAUGGGACCUCGGGUCUUAAAUGUUAGGUUUGGUUGUGAGGUCUGUUUGGUAUUAGGCCCAGACUAUUAGCAUCCUUUCAUCAUUUGGAUAGGAGUAACGACAGAUGUUGCAUAGACGGUGGCUUUAGUCUUACGGUUGUAUUACUUUGUAAGGUCUUGUGUGAAUAAUUAAUAAAGUGGCUGCAUGCAUCGUCCAGAUGCAGAGGCUGGGGUCUUCCUCCUUUUUAAAAAAAAAAUUCCUAUGUCGAAUGAGGUGGUGGACUGAUCCGGAGACUAUGCUGCCACCCAUGUUGGGUAAAAACCUCCAUGGCCACCUGCUCCAACCGCAUACACACCAUCUUGAACAGCGGUUGGCACUCCGUUCGGUGUAGCGUAGACCACCUACGAAGCUAGUGCAUACAACGGAGAAUAACCUGUGAAGGAGAACAAUUUUUGCCAUUAAAAACCAAAUCAUUUGUACAUAGCCAACCGAUCAUAACAAGGCAUACGCUUUCAUCCUUAUUAGCGUUUUGAACCUAUUUGGAAUACUGUCCAACCAAUGGCCAUAAAUAUUGGCAACACUUGUUGGCGAUACAAAUUAAACGCUACUUGGAUGACUAACCAUGUAAAACGUGCAAACUUGCACUGAAAAAGGAGGUGAUUGAUUGUCUAACCGUGAGUACAAAAAACUACAGUUCUUACUUCCUUGCCGAUUUGUAACACCCUACAUACCCACUGGACCGCAUUGGAUUUAUGUGCUGCUUGUACAUGGGCUUGGCCCAGCGGAUCAAGCCUUGGAGCGAGCAAGAACUAUAAAGGACACAGGAGUGCAGCGAGGGGAGGUAUCGAACAGGGUUCAAAUAAAAGAAACAAAUAAUAGGAAAAGAAAAAGGAAACGGAAAAAGAAAAAAGAAAAAAAGGGAAGAAAAAAAGAAUCAGAAAAAAAGGAAAAGAAGCCAGUUCAAGAACCUUCUAGAAGGAUCCCAGAACCGAGAAAACCGGCUAGGAAUCUUCUGGAAGGUUCCCAAAACCGGAACUGGCAGCUAUAUGUGCAUUUGUAGAUGGGCCGGCCCAAUCAAUUCGCGCACCUAUGCGUUUGGUCGACACUUUGACGCAGAGAGCUUCAAAUAGGGAAUUCCAUCGAACAGAACAGAACAGAAUUGCUUCUUCCUCGGCUCGCUCCUCCUCCCUCGUGGCCUGACUAGUCUCUCUCUCCCCAUGUAUACUCUCUUGCUCUUCUAUCCUUGAUCUACCAGGUAACUGAGACUAAUCAGCUCUUUGAUGCCUAUGGGGUGCAUGAUAUGUGUGUCUCGUAUAAAUCCUUGCACAUGGAGGUGUUUGUGGAGUUCCAAUCAUGGCUGGUGGCGAGCCAAGCUAAGGAUGCACUGCAUGGACGAUGCAUCUAUAAUGGGUGUUCCCUUUUGGACAUCCAGCAUGCCCCACCGUCCAUCAGCGUCAUCACACUGCCCAACUCAAAGUCGGUCGUUGUUGAUUUUGAUUGU